UUUACCCCACCUGGCUUUUAUUGUUUUUUCCACCUCUUUACAACCCCACCCUUUGGUACUCACUUUUCUUCUUCCCCCAUCUGACUUUUUUUGUGUAGUUUACCCCCCACCCCUUUCCACUUUCUUCUUCUAUUUUCACCUAUUACUUCUCCAACCUCCUUUCUGCUCUUUUUUAUGCUUCAAUCAAAAAUUUUGGCCGUUCCUUUUAUGGCAAUUCCUUCAACUUCCUCCUUUUCUUCCUCAUUUUGUUUUGUUCCCCCCAAAUUAAAAAAUAAUUUUUACCCAAAAUUACUUUUUUUAUUUUUUAUUUUCUUUUAAUUUUUCCCUUUUCUUUGUCCGCUUAUUUGAACCUUUAAAGUUAAAUUACUAUAAAAGAGUAAUGCUCCUUCUGAGACCCGUUUUUUCAUAAAUUUUGUUUUCUCAUUGAGUUAGUUGCUUUUGGCCUUAAUUCUUUCAUUUUUUUCUAUUUUUUUGCGCAAUUUCCCUUCUAACUUUUUGCAUUUAUUCUGUUUUUUGGUAAUAUAUUUUGGUUUAGACCCCCUUUUUUCAUUUAUAUUUUUUUCUUUUUUUAUGGCAAAUAUUAUUCGGAAGGGCUCUUCGAGCUAAGUUCAAUGAUCCCUCAGUUCCCAUAACUGACCCGAUCGGUAGCCGGACUCGUGGCCUGGAAUCCGGACUUUUUUCUCAAUCCGUCAACGAAAUCUGACUUGAAUAAACAAAACAAUCUUUCAAAAUCAUUAGAUCUGCCCAAUUAUGGUAACAUUCAACACAGCUCGGAUAGGGUCGAAUAAUAAAAAUAUUAUUUAUCGAACAAAAAAAGCUCAAAAUGGUCAGUGAAACAGGAAAAAUUUUUCUGCUUUUUUAUGCUUCAAUCAAAAAUUUUGCCGUUCCUUUUAUGGCAAUUCCUUCAAGUUCCUUCCUCUUUUACACCUUUUUUUCUUAGUUUUUUAAAAUGACUGCCUUUGGAUUUUCCAAAAUUUUAACCCCUUUCGGAAUUAUUUUUCACCUUCUACUAUUCUCCACCUCCUUACAAAUCUCUGUCAAUGCUCAAAAUGUUGCUCCUGUUCCAAAGGAAUUGGCAGGCGAAGGAAUGGGCAAUAAAGCGGGAGUUAGGGCUCGUCUCUCUCAAUUAGGUGUUAACUACAUUGCAACAUUUUUGAAGGAUAUUUUGAUUCAGCAAGUUUUGAGUGUUACUCCGGAGAAUGAAGAAUUUACUGUUCAAUUUAACGACACUAAAGCAAAGCUGACUGAUCUUGUUUUAUCUGUUCAACAUGGACCUGGCCCGUUGAAGACAAAAACUGAAGCACCUUCUCAAGUCAAUAUUGAACUGCCCGAAAUUGCGUUUGAGUGUAAAGCGACAUUAUCAGAUGGCGGCACCAACAAAAAAGUCCUCUUUCAUGUUAACACUUCUGCCUUGUUUUUAAAUGUUUCUUCACUUCAUCACCCUCGGGUUUGUUUCUCUUUUCAUAAUUUUUUAUUUUAUUCUAAUCGGGAUAGCACUCUCGCCCUUUGGGUUCGCUAUUUAAGGUGUCAACUACAUUUGGACGUUAAAGCUUUGAGUAUAUCUUUGGAAGGAGAAGGAGGAACAAAUAAUAAUGAAAGAAAAGCAAAAUUGACAGAAUUGGGAGCUGAAUUGCUUGAAAAGUUGACUUGUUCUCGCAUUGUUUAUGUUAUUGAAGAGCGUGUAAAUUCACGCUUUGCUUUGCUUCCAUCAAAACUUAAUUUAGCCCAACUAAAUAAUAAUUUUAUUGUUGAAGAUUUGCUUAAAAAAGUUGAAGCUGUGAGACAAAGGCAGAGAAGAGCAGAACCACCAAUUCAAACUUCUAAUGAAAAUGCUCCUGUUGAUCCUGAUCUUUUUGCAAGUUUUAACGUAUCUCGUGCUGAUAAGCUUCUUCUCGAUUAUACAAUAAUUGACGUUCGUGCAGACCAUCGUGGGGUAGAAGUUGACAGUAGCGGAGAAGUUUCAUUGCGUGGAAGAGGAGGAACGCCUUUUGGUCCAAUGCCCUUAACUUUGCCAUUACUUGCCAACGAGGAAAAUAUGUUACAGAUGUUGGUUUCUGAUUUUAUGCCAAAUUCUCUUUUAUAUCAUGGACAUUCUAUUGGACUUUUUAAUGCUAGAGUGGAUACAAAAACUCCACAUUUUGGUUCUUUAAUGCGUACUACUUGCCCGGCUUCAACCGGUCUUCUCUUCUGUUUAGGAGAUUUCUUUCCAACUUUGAGACGUUUACAUCCUGAUCACAAUCUUGCAUUACUCUUCUCAACGCUUCAAUCCCCAGUAAUUAAAUUUCGUCCCCAAUCAUCUGGUGGAAUAACAUUUUCUCUAGUUGGAAGAAUUAUUAUGAGUUUACUUGAAGGAAAUGCUACAAAAACUAAUAAAAUGAAGGAAACAGAAGUUGCUCAAAUGCAAAUGAAUGUUAAUGCACAUAUGAAAAUUAAAUUGAGUAGCACAACAGUUAGACCGAAAAUUACUUUGGAUAAAAUUUCUUUGAAAACUUUAACACCUGGAAUUUUGGCACAAGAAGAAUUGGAUAGAUCUGUGCUUCUUUCUAAAGAAGUUCUUCAACGAAUGGUAAAUGACAUUCUUCGUGGAGGCAUUCCAAUACCUGUUCAUCCUUUACUUCGUUUACAUCGACCAAAAGUUAAAAUUCAAGAUCGGGCAUUACUUUUAUUAACAAAUGUUGAAUUUAAUGAGCCGUUGAUACGUCAAAUUGUUGGGGCUAGUUUGGACAUUAAAAGAGGGGUUGUUUAA